CGUCUCAAAUUUUGGGGUUCUACAAGCUUCUACUAUUAUUCAGGUUAAGACAUUGUUGACAAAAACAUGGCCAAGCAUCACCCUGACUUGAUCAUGUGCAGGAAGCAGCCAGGAAUAGCUAUUGGGCGUCUUUGCGAAAAAUGUGAUGGCAAAUGCGUUAUAUGUGAUUCUUACGUACGUCCUUGCACGUUGGUACGAGUUUGUGACGAGUGCAACUAUGGUUCCUUUCAGGGCCGUUGCGUGAUCUGUGGAGGCGUAGGUAUUUCUGAUGCAUACUAUUGCAAAGAGUGUACUCAGCAGGAGAAAGACAGGGAUGGUUGUCCUAAGAUUGUCAAUCUUGGUAGUGCUAAAACAGAUUUGUUUUAUGAACGUAAAAAAUAUGGUUUCAAAAAAAGAUAGCAUGGGAUUUUCAAGUUUGUCUAGUUAGUGACAUAUUAUUUACUAGAAGUGCCCAUCUCGUGUUAAAUUUAUUGUACCAGAGGCUAUUAUGUACUUGUAUUUUUAUGUGGCAACAUUUUGUUUAGGCUUAAAAAUAAAUGUUGAACAUAUAAAUGUCUCUAAUAGUGAUGGUUUGCUACUUAAUAUCUUUUUAACAAGA